GGACGAAUGAGGCCUCGAGAAAGCCCAGCUGAAAGCCAUGCCGCGCGGUCAAGCGAAGAUAAGAUAAUCCUCGGCCUGACUUCGCUCCAUCUUUCAUCACUCCACCAAAUCGUACAAUUUCAAUCCAAAACCUUCUUUCAGCCUUAGAAAUAACCUCAUCUAUAUCUCGUGACAUACAUCUCAAUCAUUUCCAUCUCAAGUCCAUCUCACAUCACCAAGCAACAGCGAAACCAUGAGUCGGCAACGCUACGAACCUAUCCCCCAACGCGACGAAGUAAUCAUCCUAGACAACAUCCACGGCUCACCGACCUACAACUACAACACCGCGAUCCCCAACUCCCUCGCCUCCUCAAUCCACACCCCCUCCAUCGCGCCCUCGAUCCCCAACUCCCCUCCUCCGAGCUUCCACACGCACUCCCCACCCGGCACCCCGCGCCCAACACCCAGUACAUCCACCCGACAGAGCGGCGGCGGCGUCUCCUACGCAGAACUAUGGGGCGUCGCGCCCAGCACCGUGGGCGGGGCAGAGACAGAUGUUGGGGGAACGAGUAACGAUGCUCUGGCCACGAUCGCCAGCCUCAAGCAAAGAAUCGAAUGGCUCGAGGAAAGUAUCGGGAAAUUGCUUAUCGAGAAAGAUUCCCACAUCUGCAGCACGGCGGCCGCGCUCCAGGAUAGCAGACACAGUAACUGCUGCGUAACAUUCGACGAUGCUUCGCCGGAGCUGGAAAGGAUGCUUACACAGGGAAAAGGGUCGAAUUGCUGCGUUGCGUUUCGGAGUAAUGAUCGCAAGAUGGCUAAUAGACGGACUGGUAUUGUUGUGGGUUUUGUGACGAUGUUUAUGGUGUGUGUUAUGCUCACAAUUAUUUUGACGGCCGGGGCGGCGAAAGGUGGGGACACAAAUGGGGGCAGGAGGAGGCCUGGGAAUCAGAAUCUUGUGCCCGUCAUUUAUGGAGAGGAUGAGACUUAGAUGUGUGGUUGAGGGGUAGUCAUUUGGUGGGAUAUAAGUUUGGACUUCGAAAUGCACAUUUUGAUGAUAUGGGUGUCGGGAACGGAAAGGGAGCGGAUUGGUGCUGAAUUGUCUGUGGACUAGGGCGUUUGUGAAGGAGAUUUUCAAUAGUUCGGGCUUGGGUGGAGUUUGGGACAUUUUUGAUAUAUUUUCAACUUUGAUGUGCCAUUUCCUUGCUAAUAUCUACCAGCUAUAUGUUCUAGCAAGUCUAGGAGAUGUAAUGUAAGAUGUGUAAGAGCUUGUGUUAGUGGGAUCUGAAUAUUAGUUGAGCCAAAAGGCAACGCAAGACAAGGGUAUAGCAAUGAUCGUAGAACUCUUUCCCG